UAUUCGUACUAACGGGCACUUUUAAGCCGAGAUAGUUGUGAAUGCGUGAGCUGCGCAGUAGCAUUCAAAAUUCAGUCCCUCGUGAGCACCCAUUCUCUCCUACGAAAGUCCUUGCACCGUGGUGUUAUAUCAGUAAUGGUGGACUCGGGAGCGUUUGAUAUGUCGCGUGUGCCAAUUCUCGUUAUUCUCGGCUCCACGGGAACGGGUAAAUCCCGUUUGGGCAUCGAAUUGGCCCAGAAAUUUGCAGGGGAAAUAAUAUCUGCGGAUAGUAUGCAGGUGUACAAAGGAUUGGACAUCAUUACGGCGAAAGUAACCAAAGAGGAAAAGGAAAUGGUACCCCAUCAUAUGCUCGAUGUUGUUGAUCCACUGUUCAACUACUGUGUCGUUGAUUACAAGAAGAAAGCUCUGCCGAUCAUGAACGAUUUAGUGUCGAGGCGGAAGAUGCCAAUCAUCGUGGGAGGCACGAACUAUUACAUCGAGUCACUGCUGUGGCAGAUUCUCGUUGAGGAUCCCGAGGCGUCUGGGAAUACGAUGAGACAUGAUGAUGGGCAUUUCGUCGAUCGAGAGAAGAGGGAGUGUGAGAACGAGGUUGAUGAUAGCAAUAAGGGUAAAAUUAUUACUCAAUCAGCUGAAGAACCACCGGAUAAAGAUGAACGAGUGAAUAAUACGUAUACAUGCCACAAAAAAAUGAAGUUCGAUGAUUCAAUUGAAACGAAUGAGGCACUGCAUAGGCGUUUGACCAAAAUCGAUCCGGAAAUGGCGCGUCGACUGCAUCCAAACAACAGACGGAAAGUCAUCAGAUCUUUGGAGGUUUUCGAGAAUCAUGGAAUAACAUUAUCAGAUAUUCUGAAGGCCCAACGAAGCGCUGGUGGUUCGGGUCUCGGUGGCCCUCUACGAUUCCCAAAUUCUCUCAUUCUCUGGCUACGAUGUGAUCAGAAAAUAUUGGACGAGAGGUUAGAUAAAAGGGUGGACGCUAUGCUGCAUGCGGGCCUUGUUGAGGAACUCCUGGAUUUUCACGAGCGGUAUAACAAACAGUGGAUUGAAAGAAACUCGUCACCCGAUUACACGAAAGGCAUCUUUCAGUCGAUUGGCUUCAAGGAGUUUCACAAUUACCUGAUUCUGCCUGAGGACGAGAGGAAUAGUGAAAAGGGUCAAGCCUUACUCAAACAGGGCAUCGAGGACUUGAAGCUUGUCACAAGGAGAUAUGCGAGACGCCAACAAAGAUGGACUAUGAAUAGAUUUAUUAGGAGAACUGAUAGACAGGUACCACCUGUUUAUGAAUUGGACUGCACGAAUAUCGAUGAAUGGGAUACCAAAGUACUGAAACCAGCGAUAGAGAUAGUGGAUGCAAAACUCAGGGGAGAAAAGCCGGCACAGAAGCCCAUCAAUGAAAACAUUGAAAAUGAAAAGUGCACAGACAGCAGUAAUGAAGAGGCACACUGGUGUGAGAUUUGUGAGAAGGUGUUAAUUGGAGAAUUGCAAUGGCGAGGACACAAGAAUGGUGCGAAACACAAAAAAAUGAUGGAGAAAAAAAAGAUACUGAUUGAGGCAGCUUUGGACCAGACUACAAUACCGCCGAUAUUUUAGUGUGCAUCGAUGGAGGUUCGAUUUUUUUCGAGAGAAAGAAUUAACAUAACACAUGAGUGUUAUAUUUUCCUUUCGUGUUUCUUACUUCUCUUAAAGCAAUGUACAUACAUGGUGUUGAAUGUUAAUAUUUGCCAGUGAAUAGAAGUUCUUGUAACUGAAGACUUUCGAAACACUAUCUGUUACGGCAAUCAUCCAGUGGCUGUGAUACUUGAAUUAUCGCUUUUCUCAGUUGAUUAUCGAUUAUUCAAUUUUGUGAGCACGAAUAGCAAAGUGAACUCAGAAAGACUAUCGAAAUGGGUUUAGAACUUUCAUUGGUAAUUGUGAAGAGCUCUGCUUUAUCGACUGCCAAUGUGGCAGUGAAUAGCAAAGGAAGCAUGGUACAUAGACGACUGGCAGUAGAUUGCCGAUUGUGGAAUUGUGACUGGCAGUGAAUAAAUUUUUGUAUUUUUCAA